AUGUAUAUUCCAUUCCAAGAAGCUCUUCUCGCAUUCACUAAGCCCUCAGUACAAGCCGUGCUCGAGGCCGAAGCGCCGCUCUCCCUGACGCCGCCAGAGAGCUCCCUAGCCGAGAAAUGUGGCCCCUCCACCGCCAAAAUUGUUUGUAUCAAUGGCUACUCCGCCGUGAUGCCCGGGAACUUCUACAGAGGACCGCCGCCCGCAUCCAUCAACCCGUUGGAUCAGCCCUCGUACGCCCAAACCAAGAUCCCCGCCGACGAAUCAUGGGGGUUGGUCGAAGACGCUGACUUCAUCGUCUACGACAAAGAGCGAGGCCUGAAGAUCUUGGGCGAUAAACCCACUUCUGAGUUCGCUUUUGAAAUUACACCCCUCUUCCAUGAUGCGACGGUCUACGAUCCGUACACAAAUGAGGUCUAUUUCUCGCAACUUUCCGGAGGCGAGAUCACGCAGAAAGUGAUUGACUUGAAUGGAGACGAGGGGCCGAAGUUGAUUAGGAAAAAAGCUGAUCCGCCGCUAUACUCGCCUACGGGUGGGAUAUACCGCAAUGGGCUGUUUUACUUCUGCGUUGGUGGCUCGAGCCAUAGCGUUCCGGGGCCGGAUGGAACGGUGGCGAGACCGGGGAUUUACACACUCAAUGCUACGAGCGGGGAGUCGAAAGUGCUGCUGAAUAACUACUUUGGGUACUGGUUCAGCACGUGCAACGAUAUUGCUAUGGAUGGAGAGGGGAACAUCUGGUUCACUGACGACGACUACUCAUUCGGUAAUGGCGUCAGCGCACACCAUCCCAUUCUCGCGCCCGCCGUGUGGCGCUUCAGCCCCAAGACCGGCUCCGUCCGAAUCGCAGACAGCCACCUGAAGCAGCCCAACGGUAUUGCAUUUUCGCCAGACUUCAAGACGCUAUACGUCGCGGACUCAGGUGCGGAAACAGUACCAGACCAUGAACCGGCCGUCGGACAGGUCAUUUACAACCCCUACAACGUGACUGAUCCCCAUGUCGUAUGGAAAUUCGACGUUAUCGAUCAUGGUAAUGCACUGGGAAAUGCCCGCCCGUGGCAUGUGACGCACAAGUGGUUGCCCGACGGCCUCCGUGUCGCCGACAAUGGCUACGUCCUCGUUGGUGUGGGAGACGGCAUUGAUAUCCUGUCGCCAGAGGGUGAUCUCCUAGUCAAGAUUCAGACUAAGUUUGUUGCGGUUGGAAACACCUGGGCUGGGAAGGAUAGCAAAGACAUCUGGAUCACUGGCGUCGGAGGUGUUCAAAAGGUGCAUUUGAAUUUGCCCGGCGGCAAGGUCAACGGCUGGCCGAAGGAGUUACUGAAUUAUGACUAA